GCUCAGAUUGGAUCUGGAGAAUGUGACAUGAUCUGGAACACUCAUAGGGAAAGAGAUAUCACUGCGAGGAUUACUUUACUGUUAAAAACAGUUAUCGGAAUUGAUGGAAAUGCGCAAAGACACGCGCGGUUCUUUGGCACGCUGGGGACCGCCGCUAGGAAUGUAGAAGUGUCCGCUUUUAACCGAAGAAUUGGAUUGGAGAAGCCACUGCUCAUUUGUGAUUUGCGGUUUUGAGGAUUACAAUUAUGAUUGAUAUCUUGUACUUGUUGUGCCUCAUACCUGUGUCAGGUGCGGUUACAGACCUGACGAUGAUCUCCAACGCCGUGGCCUCCACCCCUCAGCGCUUCUCCAUAUCUUGCCUCAUAGGGGAGCGGGACGCAGCAGAGUUAGACCUGGACAUCAAGAAGGACAACAGCAUUCUCAUCCUCCCCUCACCGUCCCAAUACAGCGUCAAGAGGCCCAAGAACAAGGAGGUGGUGGCCAACGAGUUUGUUGGUAUAGUGGACCAGACGGGCAUCUUCUAUUGUCAUGCAUCAAAGGGAACUAGUCCUACUAGAAACCUGGUCACAGUCACUCUCAUCAACAACUACAGCAAAGGUCUUUUUGUCCCGGUCCACCUCACAGUGACGAUUAACAAAGGGGACACAGUCCACCUGGCCAUGCAGGUCCUCAGCUCCCAGAGGAGAGAUGUCACCUGGAAGUACAAUGGAAACUAUUUCUACAUGACCCACUGGGGUGAUGUGUCCAACAGUACGACUGUAGUAACCCUUGAGAACGUGGCUCGUGCCAACGAGGGCAUCUACAGUGCAUGCUUCGUGGGAGACAGUCCCAUCAAUGGAGCCUGGAUGAGGCUGAUUGUCAGAGACUGUGGCAGUAAGAAGUGGGGUGCCGACUGUGACAAGGACUGUCCAGAGUGUCUCAAUGGAGGGGUGUGCCACGACAGUGAUGGGGACUGUAUCUGUCCACCAGGGUUCAUGGGGAUGCGCUGCGAGACAGCCUGCAGAGAGGGGAUGUUUGGCCGUAACUGUCAGGAGUGGUGCAGGUCAGAGCUGGACUGUGUAGGGCUGAGGUUCUGCCUGGCUGACCCUUACGGAUGCUCCUGUGCCAGCGGAUGGUUUGGGAACCACUGCAACAGAUCCUGCCACAGGGACAUGUACGGGGCAGACUGCAGGCUGAGCUGUAGGUGUAAGAACGGAGGAGUGUGUAACCGUUUCAGUGGAUGUCAGUGUCCCACUGGCUGGAGAGGACAGCACUGUGAGAAAUCAGACCGCGCCCCUCAGAUCUUGGACAUGGCCAGUAGUCUGGAGUGGAACCUUGACUCCAGCCCUGAGAUCCUGUGUUCUGCCACAGGCAACCCCCUGCCUAGCCACACCAGCAUCGAGCUGCGCAAACUGGACAGUUCUGUGCUCAAGGCGUCUCGCACCACCAUGGACUCCAAUAAGAGCACAGCCCAGUUUGAGAUCCCUCGUCUGUCCUUCGAGCAUGCUGGGUUAUGGGAGUGCAGGGUCUCCACCAAUGGGGGACAAGACUCCCGCAAGUUCAACCUCACUGUCAAAGAGCCGCCGUGCCCCAACACCCCUCCCAAGCUGCUGGAGAAGAGGAGUAAGCAACUGGUGGUGAUGCCUGUGGAUUCCUACAGAGGAGACGGACCCAUAGACUCCACCAAGCUCCUCUACAAGCCCAUGGAGACCGGAGACUCCUGGUCCUCCAUCAUAGUGUACAGUAGAGAGCCUAUAACUCUGAUGAAUCUGAAGCCGUCUACACGCUACCACGUCCGUGUCCAGCUGACCCGUCCUGGGGAGGGAGGGGAGGGAUCUUUGGGGCCCGAGGCCAUCAUGGAGACUGACUGUCCAGAGCCAACGGUUCGACCGGAGAUUGACUUCAGUUCGCUGGAGGGCCGCAACGCCACCGUACGCUGGCUGUUGCCUGGUAACGAUGGCGGGGCUGUGGGUGCGGCCAGCGGGUUCUUAGUGCAGCUCUUUGGGCCCUCCCCCUCAGGAGAGAAGCUGAGAGAGGAGACCACCCUGCUCAAUGUGCUCUCCACCAAGUUCUACAACCUGCAGUACCACCAAGACUACACAGUGGUCGUCAGGCUGCUCAACUGUGGCAGUCUGGGGCCUGCCUCUAAGCCUUACCACUUCCGCAUCAACAGCCAGGGUCCCUCCUCCCCUCGUAAUGUCCAGGCCCUGCCCCUGUCUGUGUCUGCAGUGCAGGUGAAGUGGCAGCCCCCUGAGGACCCUAACGGGGGCAUAGUGAAGUACAUCAUAGAGUACCAGCCAGUGGGUCAGGGCAGCCUGCACCCCUGGGUAGAUACAGACGAUGGCAACAAGACGGCUAAAGACGUGACAGCACUUAACGGGAGUACUCUCUACCAGUUCAGAGUGAGAGCCUUCUCUAAAGUACCGGGGGAGUGGAGCAAGUUGGUCCAUGCCAGGACCCAGGGAGAUGGCUUCCAGGACUUCACUCCAACCACCCAGGGUGUGGGGGGGCGUCCAGGCAGCGAGGGCUACCAGCUGGUGGUGGCGGUAGUGGGGUCUGUGACGGUCACCUGUGUCACCAUCCUGCUGGCCCUGCUGGCCCUCUUCUGCAUCCGCAAGACCCUGCUCAACCGCAGACGCAACUUCACCUACCAGUCUGGAUCGGUGAGAGACAGAGGAGAGGAGACCAUCCUGCAGUUUAACUCUGGGACCCUGACCCUGACGAGGAGACCCAAGCCUGCCGCCGAGUCCCUCACCUACCCCAUCCUGGAGUGGGAUGACAUCAAGUUUGAGGACGUCAUCGGAGAGGGCAACUUCGGCCAGGUCAUCAAGGCCAUGAUCAAGAAGGAUGGGGCCAAGAUGAGCGCUGCUAUCAAGAUGCUGAAAGAGUUUGCCUCUGAGAAUGACCACCGGGACUUUGCAGGAGAGCUGGAGGUAUUGUGUAAACUGGGCCAGCAUCCCAACAUCAUCAAUCUCAUAGGAGCCUGUGAAAACAGGGGGUACCUGUAUAUUGCCAUUGAGUACGCCCCCUAUGGUAACCUGCUUGACUUUCUGCGUAAGAGCAGAGUCCUGGAGACAGACCCCGCCUUUGCCAAGGAGCAUGGCACCGCAUCCACCCUCACCUCCCAACAACUGCUGCAGUUUGCCGUCGACGUGGCAACUGGCAUGCACUACCUUAGUGACAAACAGUUUAUCCACAGAGAUCUGGCAGCGAGGAAUGUUCUAGUGGGAGACAACCUGGUCGCUAAGAUAGCAGACUUCGGUCUGUCCAGAGGAGAGGAGGUCUAUGUGAAGAAGACCAUGGGGAGGUUGCCUGUGCGUUGGAUGGCGAUAGAGUCCCUAAACUACAGUGUGUACACCACCAAGAGUGACGUAUGGUCUUUCGGUGUACUUCUAUGGGAGAUAGUGAGUUUAGGUGGUACUCCUUACUGUGGGAUGACCUGUGCCGAGCUUUAUGAGAAGCUCCCUCAGAGCUACAGGAUGGAACAGCCCAGGAAUUGUGACGACGAAGUGUAUGAGUUGAUGAGGCAGUGCUGGAGAGACCGGCCCUAUGAGAGACCUCCGUUCUCCCAGAUCUCUGUACAGCUCAACAGAAUGCAGGAGGCCAGGAAGGCCUACGUGAACAUGGCGCUCUUUGAGAACUUCACCUAUGCUGGGAUAGACGCCACGGCCGAGGAGGCCUGACUUCCAGCCCCCCCAGACCCCGACAGGUCUCGUAGCCCACAGGAGAGGCCCCGAGGCUGGGCACCGCGUUACUGCCACCCCCCUGCUGCGGCCCAACGUGGGGACCGGUGGAACAACAGACGAUCCACCCGGACCACUAGGCUAUAGAGGGAGGACUGUGAAAGGACACUAUAUCAAGGUCUGAUGGGGGGACUGGUCGGGACUGGUUGGGACUGGUUGGGACUGGUUUGGGAGUUAUAACACUGGACUUGGUGCUUGUUUGAAGGAAAGUGUGGAAGAGGAAGGUGCUACAUCACAUGUGCUACACUGACAGACUCACAUGUGCUACACUGACAGACUCACAUGAUACUACACUGACAGAGUCACAUGAUACUACACUGACAGAGUCACAUGAUACUACACUGACAGACUCACAUGAUACUACACUGACAGAGUCACAUGAUACUACACUGACAGACUCACAUGAUACUACACUGACAGACUCACAUGAUACUAUACUGACAGAGUCACAUGAUACUACACUGACAGACUCACAUAAUACUACACUGACAGAGUCACAUGAUACUACACUGACAGUGUAUGUGGGGUGCCCUAUGACCUUUCCUCCAUCCAAAUGGAGAGAAUACCUUUCUAUGGACACAUGGACACACGUGGAGUUUGCUGUUCAUUCUGAGAUGGAUUGAGAUGGAUCCGCCUGGGGAGAAACAUACAAUGUAGCACUUGAACCUGAAAUCUGUGUAUUCAACGUGUAUAUUCACUUAUUUCCUGUCUUUCGGAUGGGACGUUAAACGGCUGUCCUGACUCUCUGUGGUCACUAAAGAUCCCAUGGCACUUAUCAUAAGAGUAGGGGUGUUAACCCCGGUGUCCAGGCUAAAUUCCCAAUCUGUCUCUCAUACCAUCAUGGUCACCUUAUCAUCUCCAGCUUCCAAUUGGCUCAUUCAUCUCCUCUCCCCUGUAGCGAUUCCCCAGGUCGCUGCUGUAAAUGACAAUGUGACCGCUGUGCUUUUUACUGUCUCUCCUUCCUCUUAAAGUGUACUUACAGAAUAUAUCAUCCCUUUGUAAAAGUUGAGUAUAAAUCAUAUACACAGACCACCUGUUUACCUUUGUGACAUACUGUAUGCUACCUGCAUCUCUUUGAAUGGUGUAUCUAUCUACUCUGUGAGAAAAUAGGUUUUGUUUUCUUGAUCUCACAGAGGCACGUAAUAAGUAACUUGAGCUGUGAAUCUAAAGUAGCAAAUGUGACUUUUUUCCCCCUAUCAUAUCUAACCCAGCGAUGCUGUACUGCUCUGCUGCCACUGUUUUGCCACUGAGUCCUGGGAGGUGUGAGGUUAAAUGAAGUGAUGUUCAAAAGAACAUGGUGACCUACUUUUAUCCCUCUGGGUGUCAGCGUGUUGGGGUGUUAGGGAUAAACCGCAGCCCAGGCUCAUUGGGGCCUGAGGUUGACAGGUAACUGGCCUCUUCCCUGCAGCACAGAGCUGAUCUGUCAACACACAAACACACACCCUGUGAUCUGGCCUCUUCCCUGCUUCAGAGAGCUGAUCUGUCAACACACACACACACACCCUGUGGCCUGGCCUCUUCCCUGCUUCAGAGAGCUGAUCUGUCAACACACACACACACACACCCUGUGGCCUGGCCUCUUCCCUGCUGCAGAGAGCUGAUCUGUCAACACACACACACACCCUGUGGCCUGGCCUCUUCCCUGCUGCAGAGAGCUGAUCUGUCAACACACACACACACAUACACACACCCUGUGGCCUGGCCUCUUCCCUGCUUCAGAGAGCUGAUCUGUCAACACACACACACACACAUCCUGUGGCCUGGCCUCUUCCCUGCUGCAGAGAGCUGAUCUGUCAACACACACACACACAUACACACACCCUGUGGCCUGGCCUCUUCCCUGCUGCAGAGAGCUGAUCUGUCAACACACACACACACACACCCUGUGGCCUGGCCUCUUCCCUGCUGCAGAGAGCUGAUCUGUCAACACACACACACACACACCCUGUGGCCUGGCCUCUUCCCUGCUGCAGAGAGCUGAUCUGUCAACACACACACACACACAUACACACACCCUGUGGCCUGGCCUCUUCCCUGCUUCAGAGAGCUGAUCUGUCAACACACACACACACACAUCCUGUGGCCUGGCCUCUUCCCUGCUGCAGAGAGCUGAUCUGUCAACACACACACACACAUACACACACCCUGUGGCCUGGCCUCUUCCCUGCUUCAGAGAGCUAAUCUGUCAACACACACACACACAUACACACACCCUGUGGCCUGGCCUCUUCCCUGCUGCAGAGAGCUGAUCUGUCAACACACACACACACAUACACACACCCUGUGGCCUGGCCUCUUCCCUGUUUCAGAGAGCUGAUCUGUCAACACACACACACACAUACACACACCCUGUGGCCUGGCCUCUUCCCUGCUGCAGAGAGCUGAUCUGUCAACACACACACACACAUACACACACCCUGUGGCCUCUUCCCUGCUUCAGAGAGCUGAUCUGUCAACACACACACACACAUACACACACCCUGUGGCCUGGCCUCUUCCCUGCUGCAGAGAGCUGAUCUGUCAACACACAAACACACACCCUGUGGCCUGGCCUCUUCCCUGCUGCAGAGAGCUGAUCUGUCAGAGGAUUUCCUCCUGCUGCUGACACCAGGACACCAGCCACAGGCUAGGACUGAGGACUGGCACGCAGAGCCCUGCUGAGCUCAGUUUCCUGACACCCGAACACACACACACACACACACACACACACACACACACACACACACACACACACACACACACACACACACACACACACACACACACACACACACACACACACACACACACACACACACACACACACACACACUACUUGUACACAUCUAUGUAUGAACAAAAAGGCAUGAACCAAAACGAUAACAAACUGGUCCUGUCUGAACCUACAUUUUAACAAACUGGUCCUGUCUGAACCUACAUUAUAACAAACUGGUCCUGUCUGAACCUACAUUAUAACAAACUGGUCCUGUCUGAAUCUACAUGAUAACAAACUGGCCCUGUCUGAAUCUACAUGAUAACAAACUGGUCCUGUCUGAACCUACAUUAUAACAAACUGGUCCUGUAUGAACCUACAUUAUAACAAACUGGUCCUGUAUGAACCUACAUUAUAACAAACUGGUCCUGUCUGAACCUACAUUAUAUCAAAGUCGUCCUGUUUGAACCUACAUUAUAACAAACUGGUCCUGUCUGAACCUACAUUAUAACAAACUGGUCCUGUCUGAACCUACAUGAUAACAAACUGGUCCUGUCUGAACCUACAUUAUAACAAACUGGUCCUGUCUGAACCUACUAUAUAACAAGCUGGUUCUGUAUGGCUCAGUUGACAGAGCAUGUCGAUUGCAACAGUAGGAUUGUGGGUUCGAUUCCCAGGUCCACCCAUACGUAGAAAUGUAUGUUGCUUUGGAAAAGUGUCUGCUAAAUGUCAUUCACAUAAUAUAUUAAAACAUACAGUACACCAAGCUGUAUUCUACUAUC